AUGACGCAUGCUCUGCUGUGGGGGAUGAUGUGCACUCUCUCUCCGUCUCCUUCCCAGGCGCAUCUACAGGCACCACCUGUAGCCACUGCUGCUGUUGCAGCUGCCGCUGCCGCCAGUGUCGUUUCAGCCACCCCCCAAUCCUUGAAGCUGACCUACCCCGAGAUCUUGGACCGGAUCAAAGAAGAAUUCCAGUUUUUGCAAAACCAGUACCAUAGCUUGAAACUUGAAUGUGAGAAACUGGCAACCGAAAAGACAGAAAUCCAGCGACAUUAUGUCAUGUAUUACGAAAUGUCCUACGGGUUGAACAUUGAAAUGCACAAGCAGACAGAGAUUGCCAAGCGGCUGAACGUCAUCUGCGCUCAGCUCAUCCCCUUCCUCUCUCAGGAGCACCAACAACAAGUGGUCCAGGCGGUGGAACGGGCCAAGCAGGUGACGGUGGCAGAGCUGAAUGUGGCAAUUGGGCACCAACUGCAAGCUCAACACCUCUCCCACCACGCGCCACCCAUCCCGUUGACACCUCACCCUUCCAGCAUGCAGUCUGCAAGCUUGGCCAGCCUUGGCAGCGCUUCUGGGCUGCUGGCGCUGUCCGGAGCAUUGGGGGCACAGGCCCACCUGGUUGCCAAGGACGACCGAGGCCUUCUUGAUGCUGAUAACCGAGAGAGAGACCCCGGACCCAGCUCUUUAGUGCUAUCGAAUGGAGAAAGGAUGCGGGCCAUUUCGGACUACUUGAACAGUGGUAAAAAAAGGAAAUCAGAAAAGGAGUAUAACACGGAUUAUGGGAGUGAUGGGGAGAAGAGCGAGGACAACCUGGUGGUUGAUGAGGAUCCUUCUUCCCCCCACAGCGUUCAGUCCUUCUCCUCCCGAGAAAAUGGGGUCGAUAAAGCCACUUUGCAUAGGAAAGAUUUGGGGCACCACAGCCCCACUUCCAUGGCGUCCUCCAGCAGUGCCUCCCCGCCGCGUCCUGCCAAGGAGCUGGCCACAGUAGAGAAAGCAGUCACCCCCGGUUUGAAGUCUAGCACCCCAAAUUCCCAAGGUGAAGGAGCAGUGCCUGGAUCUUCAAGCAGCCUGUCCCAGUUCCGGCCAGGAGUAGCAAAGCAGACGGUGGAGUCACUUGCCCUGAGCCUGCGGAACCCGCUCACCGUCCAGAGCUCCUACCAAGCUGCUUUCAACGUAGCCCACGUUUCAGUCAACGGUGACAUGGUGGGCACCGGGGCGUACGCCGGGCUGCACCUGGUUUCCCCCCAGCUGAACGGGGCCGCCGUGGUGGGGACGAGCAGCUACGGGCGUUCUCCUCUGGUAGCUUAUGAUCCUCAUGCGCAUUUGCGGGCAUCGGGCCUUUCUGUGGGAAUGCAGGCGGGCAUGCCCUCGGCCAAACCGGCCUAUUCCUUCCACGUCAGCGCUGACGGACAGAUGCAGCCGGUGCCCUUCCCGCCCGACGCCCUGAUCGGCUCCGGCAUCCCGCGCCACGCCCGCCAGCUGCACACGCUGACCCAUGGCGAGGUGGUCUGCGCUGUCACCAUCAGCCACUCCACCCAGCACGUCUACACGGGGGGGAAGGGCUGCGUGAAGGUGUGGGACGUGGGGCAGCCUGGCCCCAAGACCCCCGUGGCCCAGCUGGACUGCCUGAACCGAGACAACUACAUCCGGUCCUGCAAGCUUCUCCCCGACGGCCGCAGCCUCAUCGUUGGGGGAGAGGCCAGCACCCUGUCCAUCUGGGACCUGGCGGCCCCCACCCCCCGGAUCAAGGCCGAGCUGACCUCCUCGGCCCCCGCCUGCUACGCCCUGGCCAUCAGCCCCGACGCCAAAGUCUGCUUCUCCUGCUGCAGUGACGGCAACAUUGUGGUCUGGGACCUGCAGAACCAGACGCUCGUUCGGCAGUUCCAGGGUCACACGGACGGGGCGAGUUGCAUCGACAUCUCCAACGAUGGCACCAAGCUCUGGACGGGGGGCCUGGACAACACCGUGCGCUGCUGGGACCUGCGCGAGGGCCGGCAGCUGCAGCAGCACGACUUCAGCUCCCAGAUCUUCUCCCUGGGCUACUGCCCCACGGGAGAGUGGCUGGCGGUCGGAAUGGAGAGCAGCAAUGUCGAAAUCCUCCACGUGACGAAAUCCGAGAAGUACCAGCUCCACCUUCACGAGAGCUGCGUCCUCUCCCUGAAAUUUGCUUCCUGUGGGAAAUGGUUUGUCAGCACGGGGAAGGAUAAUCUGUUAAAUGCCUGGAGGACACCUUACGGAGCCAGCAUUUUCCAGUCGAAAGAAUCUUCCUCCGUCCUCAGCUGCGAUGUUUCCACGGACGAUCAGUUCAUUGUCACGGGUUCUGGGGACAAGAAGGCGUCCGUUUACGAGGUCAUGUACUGAGAGGAACCGGCACGUUGCUCCAGACUGAACACAGGAGAAGGGGCUGCCGCUGGACCUCCUCGCUCUUUCCAGCCAAAGAAUCCACUCACAGUCCAGGAACGGAACCCAGAACGAGGACGCUGGGUGGGCUGUGGGGAAACGGUCCCCCCGCCUUCCGCUUAAGCCUGAGGCCUUUGCGGAGCUUGGCGGUUCCUCUCCAGGUCGAUCUUAUUCUGGGAUGGUGGGAAUAGGGCUUGGCACUCUCUUUGGUGUGCGUGUGCGUGCGUGCAAGUGUGUGUUCCCAUUGAAACUCCUUGGAAAGGUUUGUUGUGUAUUCUUUUUUUUUUUUUUAAUUAAAGAACUUUCAAUAAAAAUGUUUGGGUUACUGGCC